AAUUCCAGUGCAACGAGAACAUAAACAGCCGACACCAUCGUAACGGCACUAUUUCGUCGCCCAACUACCCCUCCGCCUACCCGGCGCCGAUAACGUGCCGGUACAUCUUCACAGGGGUGGGGAGGGAGAGGAUACAGCUCAGGUUUCUGCACAUGGACCUGCACUUUCCCAGUGGGAACCCGGCCGAGCCUAUAGACGUGCGUGUUCAACUACCAGAGUACGGUUCAGUCCACCGGUGAGAUCACAUCACCAAACUACAACGGGCAGUAUCCCCGUAACACAGAGUGCCAUUAUUUGUUCUACGGACGGGGCAAGGAGCGGGUGCACAUCCAGUUUGUUGACUUUGAUGUGGAUGGAAUAAAUCCUAGGUGUGAGGAAAGCACCAACAGUGACUAUGUGUCCUUCUCAAACUUUGCCGAGACCGAAGACCGCAAGAUGACCAGAUUAUGUGGCACUCCAUCAAAGGAGAAACGAGAGAUCUGGUCAGAUGGGCCUUUUUUCCGAGUGAUAUUCAAGUCUAACGACAUCUACGACUCGACGGGAUUCCAUGCCUACUACCAGUUCAUAGGUCCAGAUGUAGAGACCCCACCCCAGCUUCUCCCCAAACCAAGCGAUGACCCACGGCGAAACGCAGCAAGCAGCAGUGUCUACCCCUCUCGCAGCGGUUACCUGCCCCUAGCGCCCCACAUAUCGCUGACUGCGGCCGUCUGCGUGGUUGUGAUGCUGCUCUCACAGUGCGCCAAGUCCCGAUAGGUCGACACAGACAGGGUUGUCACUGAACUAAUAACAAAUUCUUUUCUUGGCCAAAUUUAUUUUCGUUAAUUUUUCCAAAAAUUUACACCAAACAAAAAUUACGAAAAAAGAAAGAGUUUGUAAGUAUAGUAACUUCACUAAACGGAACCUUUUCAUAUUGCUAUGACUAAACCUAUAGGUUUACUCCUUGUAAAGGCAUUUUUGGGGGUCAAAGAUCAAGAGGAAAAUUUUGUCACCAACAGAUUUUUGGCUUCGGACAAGUCUGGGUUUAGAUCUAUGCAAAAAAAGACGGCAAAACUACCCUACCUCGGCAAUCUACUACAAAGAAUAUAAUAUAAGAGUUUCAGGAAUUGUAUCCCCUCCAUGGCCGCACUGGCUCAAAUCAUGAUGUGUCAUUUUCAUACUCAAGAUCAUAACAAGCAUAUUUUUUUUCUCCAUCGAUACGUAAAUCGAGAACUGCCUCUUUUUCCUCUAUGAAAGAUAAAAAGAGUGAUGAAAUUUAUUGGUUUAGAUCAUUUGAAUGUGAUUUAUUUUACAGAAAGAAACCAUGUAAAUUCAUAACUAUUUAAUAUUGAAGUUGUUAAUCCAGUUUUGACAGACUUAAUAAACAAUAAUAAAUAGCAUUUGUAUAGCGCAAAUUCCCUUUUAACAGCAAGUUCUAUGGGCUUUACAAUCUACUUAUACACGAUAUGGCUGUGUUUUUAUUGAAAAUUUUAGAAAAUAAAACUUCAUCAGUCCACCAAGAAAAAUAUCUGUUACUAAAAGACAGACUUUCAUUUGAGAUAAAGAGAUAUUUGAUGUUUCUCCAAGGAAUGUCAGUUUACUUAUUCACUGCCGAACUGAGUUGAAAGUUGUAGAAGGUUUAGACGAGGAAUAUUCAUCUUCUGGAAAAUCUUUCGAAAAGUGAAUAUUUGUUAUUUAUUUGAUGUUUGACAUUCUGAUCUGACUCUCAAAAAACAGGGACAUAAAGGAGAAAAAAAAAAAGUAAACAGACAUAAUAACAGUUUUGUUUUAGUUUUAAAUGAUAUUAUGGUACAUCUCACGCUGUCAUUUAAAAAAACGGCCUUAACUGAACAGUCGAUGGCAACAGAUUGAAAUGCUAUUAAACUGUGAUAUGUAGCCUACAUGUAAUACUUUGAGCGAUGACGAGUGAUCUGUCUGCAUAGUAUUUUGCAGAUCGACGUGCAGAGAAUUUUUUUGUUUCAUUUUAUUGUUCUUAUUCAUCCAUAUGCGCCCUCAGAGCUUCUAGCGACCAUUUUUUCACUUACCUUUUUUAUGCGUAUCUUUUUAUAUCAUAAUGACAUAUUUUGGUCUUAAUUUAAUGAACGUGUCAUAUACCCCUCACAGAGGCAUGUCAGAUGAUGGAUAAUUCUGCAGGAAAGGUUUAAGUUAACCAAAUAAGUUUUAAUCUUCUCAAUACAACUCAAUGAAACCCGGAUUGGGUUUUUUUUAACUUUUGACAAAUCAAAAGUGCAGAAAAAGCAAAGAUAUCGAUCAAUGCUGGACAUUAGGACAUAGUAUCUUUAGCUGUUUGUCACAGCUAUUUACGCUGUAAUCGAUAUACAAUUGAAUUUUACUCAGUAGACAAAGAAAAUUGUGACUGUGCUGAAAAGAAAAGUAGAUAAGAAAAAUAGAUAAAUAUUUACUCUCAUACAUAGAUGCCUUGAAAAGUCUACCAAAACUGAAUGUAGGCACUGUCGUAAAAAAUUGCAUAGCACACCUGCCUUGAAAAGUAUGCCAUCUAACAAAAAUGCAUGUAUAGGGACUCCUUAGGUAUAAACUUCCUUGGGAAUAAAAGGGAUAUGAACAACCAAAUGCUGACUUGUAAGUUAUUUUAAUGCGUUAAGUUGAUGAAAAGUAAUGACCAUAAACUUUAAUCUGCAGGAACCCCUCUCCUUCUUUGUGUCCUGGAGUUGUGGAAGUCAUAAACUGAAAACCAUGAUCCCAAUAAAAGGGUUUGAUAGUAAGCCUACCAUGUAUACCAUCAGCCUGCUGUUCAACUGUUCUAAGCCCAAGAGAGAGAAAAAAAAAACCUGCUUCAUUCUUUUUGUUUUUAAUUGUACCCAAAUCAUUUAUAUUUCCUUGCUUUAUUUGAUAUUAAGAAAGUGAAUUUCAACAAAAUAUUUCUGUAGCACAUGCAACUGAUACCACAGAUUAAGAUAACAGCCUAUGAUUUUUUUAAAAUAAAAAAUGUUGGGCUUUUUCCAUCUGAACAGCUGGCAGGUGAUAUGUAAUUUGAUCUUUUAGGAACUGACACAAAAAGCAGGAUUCCCCCCCCCCCCCCCCCCCCCCCCCAACCCAACCCCCACUUCACCAACCUCACCCUUCACCCAUUUUUUCUGUUUCCCAAAUUAUCCCUACCACCAUCCACUGUACACUUAUACCACCAUAAUAAUAAUAAUAAUAGAGAGCAUUUGUAUAGUGCAUAUCCCCGCUCAACAGCAGGCUCUAUGCGCUUUACACUAUAUUAUUACCCCAGCAGACCAUAGAACACUCCGAAACAUUCUCAGCUUCCCGGGAAGCAUCCACUUUACACUUAGAGUGCACUGGAAUGCAAUCCAGCCUGUUGUUCUAUUGGUACCUGAGUUGGAGUUCUGCGCAUCUUUGACUUAAAAAUUCACCCAGAUGGAGUGAGUGUAAGAGGCUGAGAGCUGAGCAAAUAUCACGUGCCGUUCUUUUGACUAAUUUAUAAGAUCUAUCGAGGCCACAACGUUUUAUGGCAUGAGUUGUUCUUGCAUUGUACAGAUCACGUAAAUCUCCUGACCUUCGAAGAGGUCAAGGUUUCCAUCAGGGAAAUGACUAUGACUUGUCCUUUUACAUGUACUAACAUCCAGCCCAAACAGCCCCCUUCCCACUUCGCCCCCAUCCAUCCUCUUCCCAUAUUUUACCUCAGCACACAAGGCAGGAAAUUUACUAACAUCAGACAACACAACAUUGCUGCCCCAUGCAAGUUGUACCUUUCUACAUGACAUGAUAAAUGCCAUCUCUCUCUGACUUUUAUUUCUGCUUUAUGAUGUUCAUAUACUAUGAUGUAUACUUUGAUUAUUUCUUUUAACUACAUGUGUAUUGAGAUAGACAAUGUAUGUAAUUCAAGUGUGAAUUCAUUCAUUCAUGCCUCAACUGAUAUGGUAUAAAUGUGAUGCACUCUUUAUCUACUUGUGAGAUAUUUUUUUGAUUACUGGUACCAUGUUGAAACUGUAUAAGGAAUAUAUUAUUCAAACUUAUGAACUUGUGACGUUUUUGGUCGUUAUUAUUGUCUCUACUAACUGGUCUUGUUAAAUACAGAGUAAUCUAUUGCUCAUUUGUGUCAUAACCCUGAGAGAAAAAAAUACAUGUAUGUAUGUAUUACAUUUUCAAUUCCAUCAGCACUGCAUGCAGUUUGUACUUUCUGUAAAUAAUAUGAGUCUGAAUAUGUCAUAAUGUUAUUUGUGGAUAAAUGUUCUCGUAGGGCGGAAGGUGUUUAAAAAGUUCAGAGAGCUGUUAGUGAAAGGAGCAGCUGGGUGUAAAGAUAUUCAAGCGAUAUUAUUAUUACAGUGUUCACAGGUGGUACGUGAUUGGUUAACUGUGGUACACAGAGGCGUGGGUGAUGAACGAAGGGUCGUGAUUGGGGGCACUUUAUGUCAAAGAUGGCCCUAGUAACAGUUAGAUCUUUAAGUUCUGUUCCCACUUUUUGCGAGUACUGAUUUGCUAACAGUUCCAUUCUUGUUUAAACCUUUUGUAUCUUCUGUCGUAAUUUCAAGCAAGGUUAAAAAGAACAAUUUCUAUUUAGCCUGAUAAAACUUAAAGAAUGAGUAUUUUUCUCCAUGAAGAAUCUUGAGGGAAAGAAAUUAUAAUCAAAAUUUUCUGAGAAAUGUGCAGGGUAGUGUAGGAGCCUUAUCUCUGUAAGGCGUAGAGCAGGAAUCGGGACAUGCUUUUGUCUUAGUGUUUUUCCUUUUCAUUUUCAAUGAAAAUGUGUGUAUAACGGUGAGUUUACAUUUUCGCCCGUAUUUACGUAUGUCUGCUUUUUAUUUGAUGAAUACCUGUGUAUAGCUUGCAGUUUGUCAAGACAGGUCUUAAGUCAAUGUCAUUGUGAGUACAGCUGUACUAUCAUUCCAAAAGUUUUCUUUUGACAAAGAUAGUGUUGUUCAUCUUUGUCAUUAUUGAAAGUAAUAUAAUCAUGUCACCUUCCGUCUGUUAACGUGGGUAUUGUGCCUGCUAUACCUAGCAAAGCUGAAGAAAAGACCAGGACUAAACAGAGUUGGAUGAUUUUAGAGUUUUAUUUACUAUGACAUGGAUUUCAGUUUGUCUUACUCAAACUCACUGCGCCUUUUAUUUAGCUGAAUCUCGAGAUGAAAGGAUUCCUCUUUGUUUUUUCUUUCUCUUGUUGAGAUUGUAGUGCUUGAAAUGUGGAUGCUGAUACUGAUAUUGUGUUUGGAGACGGCUGGCUAAAGAGCUUAUCACUUGCUUGAGGUGUAAGUUUAUUGCUUUAACGAAGGCAGAAGGAGAUGUUUAGCAAACUGAGAGACCAUUGCUCUAGCACUGAAAGACUAAGUCAGAUGAUCUGGGAAUUAAGUAUUUACAUAGUACUAGUACAUCCUCGGAUGUUAUAUUUCUGUUAUUAGACUAGGCUGGUCUAACCUCAGUUUUAUAAAUUAUGCAAAAUAGACUGUUUUUAGCUCUCAGUAGGAUAUAGAAAUUUACAUUACGGUUACACAGUUUUGUACAUUGAGAAGAAAGUCCUUUCAAAGUAAAUAAAGACCAUGAUCCUAGUUGUAUUUCUUGUAUAAUAGUGUAAGAUAAUACUUAAGGACAUAAAAUACAGUAACAAUAGUUAAGACAAGACAUGGUAAGUACACUAUGUGUUCUUUAAUAAGUUCUCAUGAGAUUAAAAAAUUGAAUAUUUUCUGGGAAUGCUGAGCGAAGAAAUUAAGAACAUAUUAUUUUUUGAUAAACCUAAUAUGAUAGUAAAGGAAUAAUGAAAACAAAAUAUUCUUGCAACUUUUUAGAUUACAUAAAGUCUUUUGGGAAACAAAAACAAUAAACUAUCUUGCUAAUGGUUAGAUAUAUACAGAUUCUUAUCUGUAAGUAGUAAUAUUAUAGUUUUACUCUCAAAUCAGUUAAACAUGACAUGGGGUCAAUGUGAUUACAUGCUUCUCGGCUACAGAAGUUUAAAAACUAGGCUGGAAUGAGAGCUGUUAUAUAAGCCGACUGCACAGAAAAAAAGAAAGGUUGCAUAAUGUGCAUAGAUUCAUAGCUUUGUAGAAGAAACUGAGUGGAAUGUGUGCAAAUGAAAGUGUGAAAGGAUACCAAAGUUUUGGUGAACUGUUCUUUACUUGUACUUAUUAUGCCAGUUUCUGUUUUUUGAAAAGUGAUGUUAACUUUUUCUUUGUACCUUAAGAAAUUGGUUGUUAAUGCCACCAUAACUUAUACACAAUACUGUCCAACGACUGACCUGGUUACAUGAUGUACUUAUAAUUGCCAUCUUUUAAACAUUUUUUUUUGUUUCGUUUUUCCCCCAAGUAUAUAUUAUAACCUAUCGAUUAUCAAUCUAGGCCAUCAUCUCUAGUCUUCAUGUCUGUACUUUAUUUUCUCUUUUGAUUUGAGCCUUUUUCCCCUGAAAUAUUAUACUUUAUAAACAUUUUUAUUCUUAAUGAAAUAUUUCUGUUUAACUUCAUUAUGACAUUGUACGUAAUUUUGUUUUCUUGGAACCACUAAGGGAGAAUAAAAGAGGGUUAAAACACAUUUA